AUGACAGAGAACGUUUGUACCGUGAACGAGUUCGUUCAAAACACUUAUGACUAUAUCAUCUGCGGUGGUGGAACCGCUGGAUCAGUUCUUGCAGCUCGUUUGAGCGAGCUGCCGGACGUCACCGUCGGACUUGUUGAAGCAGGAGGGAACUCCCUCGGAGACCCCAAUGUUCUGACUCCACUGUUGUUCCCUGCACUCUUGACAACCACCCAGUACGAUUGGAUGUACACGACAAGCGCUCAGCAUGGCACUCGAGACAUGAAACAUUCUUUUCCACGAGGAAAGACCCUCGGAGGCUCGAGCGCAACCAAUUUCAUGGUCUACGUGCGAGGUCACCAAUCUGAUUACAAUGACUGGGCCGCCUUCAACGCCCCGGACUGGUCAUUUUCAAAGCUCCUACCAUUCUUCAAAAAAUCACAACAGCUCGACGCUCCUCCAGCGAAUGACGAAAAUGCGAAAGCCAUUAUUCCACUCUAUCAUGGAACUACCGGGCCCAUCCACACCAGCUUUAAUAGUUGGCGAUUUCCAAUUGAGGAUGACGUGAUUGAAGCAUUCCACACCAUCACAGGGAGAACUGCUAGGCCCAGGGACGCGUGGUCGGGAGAACAUAUAGGAAUCUUCCCUACGCUCAGCGUGAUCGAUCGCACACAAAGAAAGGGCACUAGAAGCUACAGUGGAAGCGCCUACUUGGCGCCCUCAUUGACACGGCCGAACCUGAAGGUCUUGUGUAAUGCCACUGUCUCAAAGGUCAUCCUCGACCACAAUGUGGCUAUUGGCGUUAAGGUCACCCACGAGGGGCAGGAAUACGAUAUUCGGGCUGGUAAAGAAGUCAUCGUCUCUGCUGGGGCUAUCGGAUCCCCUCAGUUGCUGGAACUCUCUGGGAUCGGUGACCCAGAUAUCCUUCAAGCAGCGGGUGUAGAGUGUUUGAUUGCGAACCCUGAAGUUGGAGCAAAUUUCCAGGACCAUGUAAUCAGCGCAAUAUGUGUCGAACUCAAUCAGGGGCAUUCCUCAAUGGAUUCGUUACCAACAUCGCCAGAAGUCCUCGAAUUCCAAAAGCAGUAUAUGGCCACCAAGGACGGUCCUCUAUCUUGCGGGCCUAGUUGCAUGGGCUUCCUACCUCUGAAGUCUCUCGUCAGCGGUGAUGAACUUCAAGAAACGAUUGAGCAGAUCAAAAACACUAAAGGCAGGACUGACUUUCACAAGAAGCAACUGGCUCAAGUGAUUGACCAGCUUCAAUCCCCGACUUCGGCAAAUGUCCAGUUCAUGCUGAUCCCUGGACGCAUGAACUUUAAAGAGGGAGUCGGAGAUCAAUCUAAGCUCUUUGGCAAGGUCCUCCCUGAAGAUCACGACAACGUCUCCAUUGCGGUAGCCCUUCAGUAUCCCGCGUCUCGUGGGUCUGUGCACAUCACUAGCUCAGACCCCUUGAAGCAGCCACAGAUUGACCCGGGGUAUCUGAGCCAUCCGGCAGACGCCAAAGCCCUUGCAGCCGGCGUCGCGUUCGCCAUGAAGUUGAGCGACUCACUGGUCGAAAAUGGAAAGGUCGCCCGGCGCACCUUGCCCAUUACCGGACACCGUGUCAGUUCCACGUCUCUCCGGGAUUUUGUCAGGGAGAAUUGUGUUGGUGAGUAUCAUGCUCAGGGUACUUGUUCCAUUUCACAAGUGGUUGACGCGCGUCUGCGGGUCAAACGCGCCGAGAGACUUCGUGUGAUUGAUGCGAGCGUCUUCCCCAAUAACCUCAGUGGGAAUAUACUGGCAAGUGUUUAUGCCGCUGCAGAAAAAGGAGCCGAGCUUGUCAAAGAGGAUAUGCGACGGGCACCGUCUGAUGUUCGUUGGCAAUUGUGA